ACUAUAACCUACUCAUGUAAUAAAGGAUUUAGGCUUGAAGGACAGCAUGUUCUUACUUGUUUGGAAACAGGAGAAUGGGAUGCUGAUACCCCUAGUUGUAAAGAGAUAUCCUGUGAUCCUCCAGAAGCUAUUGAUAAUGGAUUUGUAGAAGGAGCUGACUAUAGAUAUGGUGCUGUUAUUAUUUAUAGUUGUAUGCCAGGAUUUCAGUUGACUGGACCUGCCAUACAAACCUGUGAAGAUUUGGGCUGGUCCAGUUCUGCUCCAAUGUGCGUGCAUACAGAUUGUGGUCUGCCACCACAUAUUGAUUUUGGUCAGUAUACCAAAGUUCAAGAAUUUAUGUUAAAUGAGGAUUUAAAGAAUGAAAUGUUUGAUGGUGCAGUAACUACCUGGACUCCAAAUAGCAAUCACUCACUGACCAGUGAAGUCUCAGAUUUCUUAUAUGGGACGUAUAUCUUAUAUACUUGUUACCAUGGCUAUGAAAUUUUGGGCAUACCACUUUUAGCUUGUCAGGAGGAUGGAACUUGGAAUGGAAGUGCCCCUGUGUGUGCACCUUUAGAAUGUAGCAUACCAGUAGCUCCUGAAAAUGGCAUGGUACAAUACACUGAAACAACACUUGAUAGCACUGCACAAUACAAAUGCAAUUCAGGGUAUGAACUUAUUGGAUCAGAUAAAAGCUCAUGUUUGUCUAGCAAAAAAUGGAGUAAUGAAGUGCCGCAGUGUGCUAUGAUCCUAUGUAAGGUACCCAACGUCAUUUUAAAUGGAUACACAGAAGCAUUAAAUAAUUCAUUUACAAGUGAAGUACAUUAUAAAUGUGACUUGGGCUAUAAAUUACAUGGACCAAGCAAAAGAACAUGCCAAGAAAAUAAACAGUGGGAUGGAGAGGAACCUAUCUGCAUUCCUGUUUCUUGUGGGCAGCCACCAGCAGUGAUAAAUAGCCAGGUUUUAGGAAAAGAUUAUAGUUAUGGGAAAGAUGUUGAAUAUAAGUGUCAUGAAGGCUACUUGCUUAAAGGAGACAAAAAGAGGACCUGUCUUGAAAAUGGACACUGGAGUGGAAUAAUGCCAUCCUGCUCAGAGAUUGUAUGUGAAAAGCCAAAUGCGUUAGAUAAUGGAGAAGUAACUGGAAUGGAAUACGGUGUUGGAAAACAAAUACAUGUUAAAUGCAAUCAGGGAUUUGACCUGAAAGGUGCAGCAUUGCUUACUUGUCAGGAAAAUGGGACAUGGGAUGCCCAAGAACCCCUGUGUGAACCAAUAGAUUGCGGACCUCCAGAAGAUAUCUCACAUGGUUUUCUUAACAGCUCAGGAUUUAGUUACAAUGAACAUGUUUACUAUGUUUGUUUCCCUGGUUAUGAGAUACAUGGAACUGCAACACGUCAGUGCUUAGCAAAUGGUUUAUGGAGUGGAAUUCCCCCCACUUGUCUACCUUGUGAAUGUCCCAAGCCAUCUAUUCAAAAUGCAGUGGUCAUUGGAGAAGAUUUUAGCUGUGGACAGUCAAUCAGAAUUAAAUGUCAGGAUGGAUUCAAACUGCUUGGACUUUCUGAACUCAGCUGUCACUCAGCUGGAAAGUGGAGCUCUGGUUUUCCACUCUGCGGUAAGGUCUCUUGUGGUACUCCACCAACUCUUUCUCAUGCCUUUGUCAAUGGAAGCAGCUUAAUUACUGAGAAUGCCAUCUCAUACAACUGCGAAACUGGAUAUGUAAUGAAGGGAUUAUCAGAUCUCAUUUGCACAGAAGAAGGGCAAUGGAGGGGACCAUAUCCCAACUGUCUGUUAUUAUCUUGUGGACCACCACCUGAAAUUCCCAAUACUUUGACAACUGGUGACUCCUAUACCUAUGAAAGCAUCAUUGAAUACCGGUGCCAAGAUGGCUAUAUAAUGGAUUCAGAUAAGUCAACAAAAACUUGCCUGGAAGAUGGUUCUUGGUCAACAGAGGAAAUUGUAUGUGUUCCCAGAAAAUGUACAUUACAGGCAAACACAGUAAAACUAAAAGCAGAUUAUGAUAUUAAUAAAACCAUAACCGUUGACUGCAAACCUGGCUACACAUUAUCAGGACCAAGUACCUCAACUUGUAUGACUGAUGGUAACUGGUUACCUCCAUUGACUGAUGAUAUAUGCUCUCCAAUAUCAUGUGAAAAGCCAGCAGCGCCAAACCAUGGAUCAGUGCUUGGAACAAGAUUCCUCUAUCAAGAUACAAUUUUGUACCAAUGCGAUUCGGGGUAUGAAAUAGAGGGAGCAACUGAAAGAGUUUGUGAAGCUAACAAAUUAUGGAGUGGAGUAGAGCCUGAGUGCAAACGAAUCUCAUGCAAUCCUCCAGAACCUUUGGAGAAUGGGAUUAUCCAGGGCAUAAACUAUUUUUAUGAAGAUGAACUUCACUAUAGUUGCAAUCAAGGCUUUGAACUUCUUGGGCCAACUCGAAGGAUCUGUCAUGUGGAUAAACAGUGGCGCCCCUCCACCCCCCCUACGUGUGUGAGCGUAACCUGUGAGCCUUACCCAGUUAUAGAGAAUGCCAUUUCUGUUUCAAGAGGAAAUACAUAUAGUAGUAAUGUCACCUACAUAUGCAAUCCUGGUUAUCAUCUUGUUGGGCCAGAGAAUAUAACAUGUCUAGCUGAUGGAACAUGGGGUCAACCUCUUCCAUCUUGCAAGGAAACAAGAUGUGAAACCCCAAGUCAGUUAGAUAAUGGAUAUACUGAAUAUGACAAUGUCACUGUUGGAAGCAGUGUAAAAUACUAUUGUCAAAAUGGAUAUAGCCUGGAUGGUGAACAUAUAGCAGUGUGUACAGGAAAUGGAACAUGGAGCUAUCCCACACCUGUCUGUAAACAUCCUUGUCCUGUGCCAUUUGUUAUCCCAGAGAAUGCAGUUGUGACAGAUACAGAGUUUUAUGUUGGCCAGAAAUUGUAUAUAAAAUGUAGAAAGGGAUAUCGACUUGCGGGCCAAGAUGUUAUGACGUGCGAUGCUGAUGAAACCUGGACGGAAGCAAAUGCCAAAUGUGAAAAAAUUUCAUGUGGCCCUCCAAUUCAUGUGCCAAAUGCAAUGGUGCGUGGACUAUUCCACCAUUAUGGAGACAUGGUGACAUAUUCGUGUUACAGUGGAUUUAUGAUGGAAGGAUCAAUUAGGAGUGUUUGCUUGGAAAAUCAGACGUGGACUACACCGCCAUUUUGUAAAGCUGUAUGCAGGUUUCCCUGCCAGAAUGGUGGUGUAUGUGAAAGACCAAACGCAUGUUCAUGUCCUGAAGGCUGGAUGGGACGGCUCUGUGAAGAACCGAUUUGUAUCCUGCCAUGUUCUAAAUGGUGGUCGUUGUACAGCUCCAUACAAAUGUGAAUGUCUGAAUGGAUGGACUGGAUCUCGCUGUCACCUUGGUGAGU